AUGAAAGAUUGGACGGUCAUUGACCGCCUGCACCUUGUCCGCGUGCCCACGUUCCUCAUCAAUGGGCGCGGGGACAUGGCGCAAGACUUCGUCGUCGCGCCCUUCUUCCAGAAGAUCUCCAAGGUCAAGUGGGUCACCUUCGAGAACUCCAGCCACACACCUUUUUGGGAGGAGAGAGAAAAGUUCAUGAAGCUCGUCGCUGAGUUCCUCAAGUUGUAA